AUGGCUCUUUUGUCUUACUCUUCCAAGCCGGGAUUGCUGUUAAUAUCCGAGAUGGCAAUCCAAGCGCUUCAGGUCUGCCUAUUUCCUGAAGUCCCAGGCUUCUGUAACAAACAUGACUCCCGAGUGUCUCUUACUGAGGAUACCACAGUCAGAAUGCUGGAAUCAGCCCUUGAAAGGCUGAUUGGUCAAGUCUCCCAGGUGUCUCUUAGUGAAGGAUAUUCCUGCCGCCGCGUCCUUGCAAAGCAGUCCAGACUCCUCCACCUGUACCCUACAGACCAGGCGACGUGCAGCUCCAUGUCGUCCUUGUGUCUGCCCUUGAGUUCCAUGACGCUCUCAAUCUCAAACAGCUACUGGGCCAAGAGGCUGCCCGGGCUCUGGUCUCGGUUCACCCUUGCCAGUGCUGUCAGUAGCUUUAUGGCCUUUAGGCAGACUGCACGAGGUGCUCCUGGCCUUUUCCAGAACUCGAGUCUUCCAGGUGACCCUUUUAGGUGGCUACCUAGUGCGAACUUUGUCCGUGUCAACAGGCCUUCCCAGCAAAUGAGAUAUGUACCAAAGGUGCUUAUUGAUUACUACGAGGCCUACAUGCUUGUUUUCUUCUUCAGCUAUGUUCAGUGUCAGACUCUUCAGGGAAGUUUACUAGCUGCAGCCUUGCUCCACAUUAAUAGCCAGAAUUACCUGCAGGAGAACUUAAAAGACAUCACCAGCAUCAUGGUGGCUCAGUUUCUCCAGAAAUUAACUUUUGAAGAAGUACAAACCAUAGUCGAAGAGGUGGUAGAUCUUGCAGACAAGUGCAAGAUCCUCAAGGCACAUGAGUCACCAUCAGAAUGCUCUCACCAGUUGAUGUCUACCUUCCUAGAGCACAUUUGUAAUAACCAAGGAAAGGCUGACAAACAGGAGUUUUCUGACUGUUGCAAUAUAAAUAACAAAGCAAGACUCAAGUGCUUCCUAUUAUACAAAAAAGAUGAUGGAGGUUACAGUGAUAUAUUCCAAAUUCCAAAUCCUGAGCAGAUCUGUGAGAUGAAUGAAGAGAAUCAAGUGUCAGUGAAGGAGAGGUACAUUUAUGAAACGUCUCGAAAGCAUCCGUUCUUGUACGGACCCACAAUUCUGACCAUGUCUGCUUGCUAUGAAACAGCUAUCCAGUCAUGCUGUCGAGAAAGAAAUAAAACUGAAUGCUUCCAGAUAAAGCUAGAACCCAUCAAAAAAUACGUUAAAGAAAUAUCUUUGAGGCAUCACCAUUUGUGCGAAAUUGGGAUUAAGUUCAAGCACCAAGUAGCAAAAGCAGUGGAAUUGGUUCUGCUGACUAAAAAACUACCAGAAGGUAACUUCUCUGAAAUUGCCAGGCUGGCCGUGGAUACACAAAAUCUGCAUCAGGCCUGUUGCGAAGGAGACGUCGUCACAUGUGUACUCGGCAGGAGCCAGCUUAUGAACUAUACCUGCUCCAAACAGCUGAGCCUCUCCAGCAAAAUCAGUCCGUGCUGUGCACAGCCGGCGCCAUUCCGAGGGGAGUGCGUGAUCAGCUCAGAAAACGAGCAGAAGCCUCAUCUUGCAUCCUUGCCACUCGGCAGAUUUACAGAAGACCGAUCUGUGUGUGAACAAUUCUCCCACGAGCCAGAUGAUUUCCUGCAAGAGUUUCUUUAUGAAUAUUCAAGAAGACACUCAGAAUUGGCAGUUCCUGUGAUUUUAAGAGUGGAUAUGGUCUAUCAAAAUUUAUUGGCAAAUUGCUGUAAACUAGAAAAUCCUCUGGAAUGCUAUCGCCGUGGGCAAGAGAUGUUCCAAAGAGUGGUUCGUGAAAGCCAUGAGCGUGUAAAACAUCACUGUGAUUUGCAUGAGAAAUUGGGAGAGGCUGACUUCCAUGACAGGCUCAUAAUCCUUUAUACUAAGAAAGCCCCACAACUAUCUGCUCAAGAGUUGGUUAUGUUCACAAAGAACAUGGCAGCCGCUGCCACCAAAUGUUGCCCACUAAGAGAUGAGCAACGAUUUGCCUGCAUGGAGGACUCGACAAAACUAAUUCUUGGAGCUUUAUGCAGAAGACAUGAGGCAGAGCCUAUCAAUGCUGGUGUGGGCCACUGCUGUGAUGACUCCUAUGCCUUCAGGAAGCCGUGCUUUGAUGAUCUGCGAGUCGAUGGGACUUACAUUUCUCCACCUUUAUCCUGUGACCAAGUCAUCAGCCUUAAAGAGAACUUGUGCAAAACUCAGGAGGAGUUCCAAACUGAAAAACAGAAGCUCCUCAGCAACCUCGUGAAGCAGAAGCCAUCCGCAGCAGAGAUGCAGUUCCGAUCCGUGAUGGACAGUUUUGCCCACGUGGUGGAGAAGUGCUGCCCAGCAGAGACAAGUGAAAUGUGUUUCCGAGAAGAGGGGUCCAAACUGAUUGAAAAGUGCCAGUCUCUCUUGGGAAGCAAAUGAUUCCAGAAAAUGUCAAAGUGAAAUCUUUGCUGAGCUCUGCCUUUUACUUUCAUGAGUAA